AUGCCCAAGCUACAGCUCCUGCCUGUUGGCGAUUUCGCUCGGAGCUGUGCGUGAUUCUUCACUUAUUAUUGGACGAAUCAAAUUCAUUACCAUGUCUGCCUCUGCCAGAUGCUUUUCCAAAGCGCUUCCUUCCAAAAGCAAUCAUCCCAUUCCCCCGCCGUCCCAAACUUCCGAGUCCUCGAAGGUGGCUUCAGUGUCCGAAGUUCGUGUCUUUUCCAGGAGCAAGAGAACCAAAAGGGCUGUGGAAGUUCAAGAAAAGGACCAUGUGGCCAUUACUCAGAACCAGGAAGAGUUUGGUUUACCUGAAAUCGAAGAAUUUGCAUAUAGAGGAGGAAAGGAACCUCCUAGUGGAUCACCUACCAACUGGAAAUUGGUGCUAGAAGGGAUUCGCAAAAUGAGAUGUUCUGCAGAUGCUCCAGUAGACACCAUGGGAUGUGAGAAAGCUGGCGAAACUCUUUCUCCUAAGGAGAGGAGAUUUGCUGUCCUGGUAUCUUCUCUUUUGUCAAGCCAAACCAAGGAUCAUGUUACUCAUGGAGCAAUACAACGUCUUCUUCAAAAUGGUUUGCUUUCGGCUGAUGGGCUCAAUCAAGCUGAUGAAGAAACCAUUAGAAAGCUCAUUUACCCAGUUGGAUUCUAUACAAGAAAAACCACUAACUUGAAAAAAAUUGCAAAUAUUUGUCUCACAAAGUAUGAUGGGGACAUACCUAGCUCAAUUGAAGAACUGCUCUCACUUCCUGGCAUAGGUCCUAAGAUGGCUCAUUUGGUUAUGAAUGUUGGGUGGAACGAUGUUCAAGGGAUAUGUGUAGACACUCAUGUCCACCGCAUUUGCAAUCGACUUGGAUGGGCUUCAAGAUCAGGCACAAAACAGAAAACGUUGACGCCUGAAGAAACAAGAGAGGCGCUGCAACGGUGGCUUCCUAAGGAAGAAUGGGUCCCAAUAAAUCCACUUUUGGUAGGAUUUGGACAGACGAUUUGUACACCUCGCCGACCUCGCUGUGGGGAAUGUAGUGUAAGUGACUUGUGCCCGUCAGCGUUCAAGGAAACCUCAACCCCUCUUUCCAAGUCCAAAAACUUGGGACUGAACAAGAAGCUUUAAGUUUGAAAUGAAUCAUUCUCAUUAAAUUAAAUAUAAAUAUUAAUACUUAGUGGGUGGCUGUGAUAGAUGGAUCCUUAUACGGAAUCGCACCUGGAUACUGAUUUUGUUGACUUCACUGGCUACCAAAAGGAACCAGUGGUAACCCCCCGCGGGACUAUAAAAUGAUUUUCUCUUGGGGAGGGGGAAUAUAUUAUAGAUGAAAAUGAGUGGUGAUGUCAUAUUUUCCACCAACAGUUUUAUAACAAAAUAUAAGUUCCAGCCUAACAGAAAGCAUAUUUGCUGGGCAAAAUUUUACUGCUUGAUAGCCCUAGGGGUUUUGCGGUUGAAAAGCUUGGGUGGAGGAAAUCAAAAGGCUCUAAUGGCUCAGUAUCAU